CAGAACAACACCACAUGCUAGUAGGAACUGAUUCAAUAUUGGGUUUUUUUCUAGAACUCCGACGGAAGUUUGGAUUGAGUAAAAAAAAAAUUUGUCCUGUCAACUUUUUCUUCUGUACUUGUUCGAUCGUCACCAACAACCAACAAUCAUAAAUCAUGUCGGGUACUGACGCUGCCGCAGCAGCUGCUGCUGUUAAUGAGAAGAAUCUCCAAAAAGACCCCGUCACGGGUGAAAUGAUCUCCAAAUCGGAGAUGAAGAGACGUCAAAAGCAGCGUGAAAAGGAAGCACAAAAGGCUGCCAAGGCUGCCAGCGCACCCAAGACUACUGAAAAGGCCAAGAGUGCCGAAGAAGGCGAAGAAGAGCUCAACCCUAACCAAUACUUUGAGCUCCGUAGCAAGACGAUCCAAGCUCAUCGCGAGGAUCAAAGCCCCAACCCUUACCCUCACAAAUUCCAAGUUGAGCUGUCAAUCCCUGAGUUCAUUGCAAAGUACAGCAAGAUCGAGACCGGCGAGCGUCUGGACAACGAAGUCGUCACCGUUGCCGGCCGUAUCCACAACAAGCGUGCUUCGGGUGCUAAGCUCCGUUUCUACGAUUUGCACGGCGACGGCGUCAAGAUCCAGAUCAUGGCUUCGGCACAAGACAACGAGGGCGACGACUACACGCAGAUCCACGAUUUGCUGCGUCGUGGCGAUGUCGCCGGUGUCCGCGGUGUUCCCGGCAAGACCAAGCGUGGCGAAUUGUCCAUCUUCCCCAAGCAAGUCCAGCUCUUGUCGCCUUGCUUGCGCAUGUUGCCCAAGGCCCACUAUGGUUUCAAGGACCAAGAGUUGCGAUACCGUCAGCGUUACUUGGACUUGAUCAUGAACAACUUUGUCCGUGACAAGUUUGUGACCCGUUCCAAGAUCAUCUCGUACCUCCGUUCGUUCUUGGACGAGCGCGAUUUCUUGGAAGUCGAAACCCCCAUGAUGAACAUGAUUGCCGGUGGUGCUACUGCCAAGCCCUUCGUCACCCACCACAACGACUUGCACUUGGACAUGUUUAUGCGUGUUGCUCCCGAGUUGUAUUUGAAGAUGUUGACUGUUGGCGGUUUGGAUCGUGUCUAUGAAAUCGGUCGUCAGUUCCGUAACGAGGGCAUUGAUUUGACCCACAACCCCGAAUUCACCACCUGCGAAUUCUACUGGGCUUAUGCUGAUAUGUACGAUGUCAUGAACUUGACUGAAGAGCUGCUCUCCGGCAUGGUCAAGAAGUUGUUCGGUACUUAUAAGAUCCAAUACCACCCCGAAGGUCCCGAAGGCCCUGCCAUGGAUUUGGAUUUCACUCCUCCUUUCCGUCGCGUCGACAUGAUUGAAACUUUGGAAGAAAAGCUCAACGUCAAGUUCCCUCCUUCCGAGGAACUCCACACCGAUGAGACCAACAAGUUCUUGUCGGACCUUUGCACUAAGAACAACGUCGACUGCUCUGCUCCACGCACCAACGCUCGUAUGCUUGAUAAGCUCGUUGGCGAAUAUAUCGAAAACACCUGCAUUUCUCCCACCUUCAUCAUGCGCCACCCCAUGAUGAUGUCGCCCCUGGCCAAGAAGGAUCGUGAGCGACCUGGUCUUUGCGAGCGUUUCGAAUGUUUCGUUGCCACCAAGGAAAUCUGCAAUGCAUACACCGAGUUGAACGAUCCCUUCGAUCAGCGUGAACGUUUUGCUCAGCAGGCCAAGGACAAGGCUGCUGGUGACGAUGAAGCCCAGAUGAUUGACGAGAACUUCUGUCAGGCCCUUGAAUACGGUCUGCCACCUACCGGUGGUUGGGGUAUGGGUCUGGAUCGUCUUGCCAUGUUCUUGACCAACUCGAACAACAUUAAGGAGGUUCUGCUAUUCCCUGCCAUGAAGCCCGAAGAAAACAACUAAAAUAUGUUCUUAAAUGGUUUUUGGUAAUAAAUUCGUAAAUAGUAUCUUACAAUCAUAUAGCGUCUCUUAUAGGGUGUAAAGGUGCGGUAUGCAUGUAGCAUGGGCUAAAAAGACAGGAAAAAUGAAAGUGCAACAAUGGGGGAACUGGGAUUCUCUUGGAAGAUGUCACGUAGGAGUACUUUUCGUCACUUUUGGGUUUAAUAGCGAACUGCUGGUCAGCUCAGAUCAUCCCAACCUUUUCAU